UCCCUCCGCAUAGCCCCGCCGGCCGCCCACCCAACCUCAACCAGCAACACGACGACCCGCACGCCCUCAGCGCACGUCUCGCUCCCUCACCCGUCGAAGGGCGCCCCCUCGGCGCCGGGGCUGCCCGACACGCUCCGGAACAACCUGACACUACCAGCAGCCCGGGGCCCGCCGUCGGCGCAGACGGCGACGCCCAGCUCGGCCCACCCGCUCGAGGCGCGCCUGCUGGCCUGGCGGGCGACCCAGGAGGCCCUGAAGAUGGAGUCGCUGCGGCGGGCGUACGGCAUCGCCGAGCCCAUCCGCCGCGGCAUGGAGCUGAAGAUCGUGCGGGAUGGGUCGUUCCGCCCCGCCGUCAUUGGGGGUACGCAGAACAACGUGCAUGAGGAUAUCUUGGUGCUUGGGGGGCGGGAUGCAGAGGUCGGGUGGGAGGAUAUCUUUAAGGGCGACGAGUUCCGUGAACCCCCGACUUUCCAUGAUGAGAUGGAGAAGAGAUUGCGUAUGGAUUAGAGCAUAGAUUGCUUUGGUUGGGACUAGGGUUGAGGGUAUUCGUGCUAUGGUAUUUUUUUUUUAGGUUUCUAUGUUCUUUAACGGUUCGACUGAAUGGGAUUGUGUUUCAGAUUCUAUAUGACGCGGUGGUGCAGUCAGCGUCGGUGGCAGUAGCCUUUCACACAGUAAAAAAAGAACUAGCUACAAUCCAAGUACGCAUGGAUCUACGGCGAUG